AUGUCUCUUUCAUCAGGAAGCUCUUCUCAAGCUAACGAAGAAAAGCUGGGAAAGAAGAUUGAUCUGUUGAAUGCAAAAGUGAAAAAGUAUGAAGAGAUACUGGAUCGGAAGAAUAAAGAGCUUACGGAGAUGCAAACAAGCAUCGAAACAUACAAGAAAAAGACUUAUAACUACUCGGAGAAUAAUUCUGCCAUUGCCAUUAGGAACGCUAGCCUUGAAAGGGCAUGCCGUGAAAUAGCUUUGGACAAGAUGAAACUCGAGAAGGAAAAUGCAAAGUUAAGGGAGAACUUAGCCAAGCUGGAAGGCCAGCUUUCUGAACAGAGAAGAAUCCUUGAUGAAUACAUACGCCACGGUAUGGUACAAAGCUCUGCAUCUGCCUGUCGUUCUCAGCCCGUGUCAUCUUCAUCUCAAUAUUCUAAUUCCUCCACCACCACCUUAAAGAAGGAUUUUCAACUCAAAAUUACCAAGUAUCUUCGAGGAAAUACUACAAGACGAAACAUUGAGAAGCGAUCAAAGGUUAUUGAACAAGCUCCUCCACUGUUCAAUGAGAAACAUGAAACCGUUGAGCUUAUUAGGAAUGUCCAUCCUUGUUUAUCAGAGUUGAAAGAGCCUGUUUCUCCGAUUAAUAGACCACCUACUCCAAGUAGUAGCUUAAAGUACGAAGAGAGGUUUGAGUCUCAACCCUCAAGUCCCAAACAUUCACUUCCUUCAGAUAUUGGAUCAACAAGUUCCAGAAAAAAGCAACGAAGAUGGAAUUCUCCAUUAGUGACAGAUUCAGCUGCUCGUAUUGACAGGUCUCCAAGCGUUCAUGGUUUGUUAUCAUGUAGAACGACAUUUCCUCUUUCUCCCCCUUACAUACCUCUUUCAACUUCAAACAAUUGUAUUGUUGUGGAAGAAGAGGAUGAAAUUAUUUUCCUUUAA